UCAUGUCUCAUUCGUAAACGACAGAGGUACUCGACGUUAUACAUUACACUCAUUCGUAAACAACCAGAGGUUUUCGGGGUUUUUGCUUUCUCUCUAUUUUAUCGGGCAUUUUUGCCUCUCUUAUUUGUUUCUUUGGGGACGACUUUCAUUUUGGUUUCCCACGCUCCCAGAAAGGGAUGUACAUUAGACUCACCUCCUAACAAGAAAACAUCAAUCCACCGCUUUAAUAACAUAUUGGCCUAUAUUAUGAAAUUCCUCAUUUUAAUACUAAGUUAUAUAUUGACAUAUUGUCAUGCAAGUCCUCGACUUGUAGAUCCCACAAAGACCACCGUUUAUGGAAGUGGCUUAGAGCCGGAUAAAAUUGUUUUACCGGCUAGAUUUUUCUAUAUACAUGCCGCUGGAGAUGAUGGACAAAUGUUUAAAGAAUCACCUCCGUUGAACUUUGAUGUACAAAUCGAGGGUAAAUCGCCUCAUGGAGCCUGUCGUUCCAAGGUGGAUAUCAUAAAUCGUGGUGAUGGCUCCUUUAUUGCCCGCUAUAGCAUCAUUAGCGAUUGGUGUGAUAAGAUGAUUAUCAAUGUGCGCUACAAUGGUUCCCAUGUAGCCAAAUCGCCAUACUAUAUACGUGAUUUGGUGUAUUCCGAAAAAUGUUAUUGUCCCCGGGAUCUCAACAUUUGGCUAAUUGACAAUGAGUGUAAAUCUGCCAUGCAGGAAGAUCAAAUCGUUAGCGAUUUACAUUCAUUUAAACGGGUCAACUUCAGCAUGAUACGUGAUAAUUUGAUUAAACGUUAUAAUCAACCGGAGAGUGUAUCGUUGUGCCACUAUGUGGUUAAAGAUCAACAAAUUUGGCGUAAAUGUUAUGGCAAAUAUGAUGGCUUUAAAAUGUUUAUGGACGCCACGCUUUUGGCAUUGGGUCGUGUUGUGGCCUUACCCGAUAUGGAAUUCUUUUUGAAUCUAGGGGAUUGGCCAUUGUCACGUAAGGGUGGUCAACAACGUACCUCCGGUCCGUAUCCAAUAUUUUCAUGGUGCGGCAGUGACGAUUCCCAUGAUAUUGUUUUGCCCACAUAUGAUUUGACUGAAUCGACUGUGGAAAAUAUGCAGCGUGUAUCGUUGGAUGUACUGUCUGUGCAGCGUGAAAAAUAUCCCUGGUCUAGCAAAGUUGACAAAUUAUUUUGGCGUGGCAGAGAUUCACGCAGGGAACGUUUGGAUUUGAUUGCUAUGGGACGUAAACAUUCGGACAAAAUUGAUGCGGCUCUAACGAAUUUCUUCUUUUUCCGCGAUGAAGAACAUAAAUAUGGACCCAAGGUACCGCACAUUAGCUUUAUGGAAUUCUUUAAGUACAAAUAUCAACUGAACAUCGAUGGCACUGUGGCCUCAUAUCGUUUACCUUAUCUGCUGGGCGGUGGCUCGACAGUACUCAAACAAACAUCACCGUAUUAUGAACAUUUCUAUCACAAACUCAAAGCCCACCAACAUUAUCUACCCAUCAAGAGGGAUUUAUCUGAUCUCAUUGAAACCAUAACAUGGUUACGUGAAAAUGAGGAUAAGGCCCUGGAGCUGGCUAAAAGUGCCCAGGAGUUUGUAAACUCCAAUUUAACGCCCAGACAUAUCUAUUGUUACCACAUGGCUCUUUUUAAGGAAUGGAGUCAACGUUUGGUCUCACCUGUCAUGGUUUUACCGGGCAUGGAAAAACUCGAACACACCCACAGUUGCAGCUGCAAAGAAACCUAUACUCGCGAUGAGCUGUAAUUUUGACAAGUCACAGUAUUUAUUUUACAUCAUUCCCAUCCAUUAUCAAAUGAAUACUCUAGAAUAAUAUUCUUUGCUUUUAUCGAUUCAUUUUUUUGAUAUAUAGUGUCCAACAAAAAGAUAUUUAUUUAUAAACAUAUUCAUAUGCCAUAUACACUCAAUUCACUUUAUAGACAAAACUAGGCAAAAUACUUUGUAGAUGUGUUUUUAGCAUAAAACUCUAGUAAAAAUUAAACAAAAGAAUCUCGUAUAUAUUUUUGAUCUAUUUAGAUAUAUAUGUAUUUAGCACAUUUUUGCACACAUUUUAGAUUUUUAGAAUCUCAUAGAUUUUAAAAUAAACGAAAUAAAUUCAUCAUAAAAAUA